AUGAGCAAAACCAGCUCUGCAGGGGCGGCUGCCGUCGACAAAAAGAUUGAACCUAAAAAAUCUAAAGAAAAACACAACGUAAAGUACAGUCAUGAGGCCAAUAAGAAAGAUGGGUCCGUGGCUAGUGCAUUCAAGAAACCGGACGCUCCAAUAAAAAGGACAUUGAGUGUGCAGAACGUUGGGGGCUCAGCCCCUUUAUCUUUGAUGCCUUCAAGUACUAAUCUUUCAAAACUGUCAGUUAAACGGGCACAUAGCUCACAGAAUGUCAGUGCUCAAAAAGCUGGAGCUCGCCAGAUUAGGUUAUCAGCCCCAGUGAAUGCGAUGGCAUACAAUGCAGAACUACUGGCUAAUUUUGAGAAGGAGAAGAAAAUAAUGGAAAGAAGGAUUUCAGAGCUCAUUCAGAUUGCAGAGAAUCGACAAAGGGAUAAUGAAAAGUUCAAAUUUGAAGUGAAAAAUUUAAAAGAAAAGCUCAAAGAUGCCAGGAUGUUAUUGAAAGAUCAUCAAAGUCAUUAUUCCUCAUCACAACAGCAGCAGCAGCAAACACAGCAGCAACAAAAUCUUCCUAGUCCUGAGUCUAGUCUAUUAUUAAUCGAGGAAAUUAACCAACUGAAGAAGGAAAACAACAUUUACAGACAGAAACUGAGUGAGUUGAACAUUUGCUUGGAUGAUCAGCUGACAGAAACCGAAAGGAGCAGUGUUGUUCAGGCGGCUCAGAAAAAAGUUAAAAGUGAUGCUGAUGAAUUCUCAAAUAAGAACAAAUCUUCGCCGAGUGACUCUGAUUCGCAGAAAGAGACAGAGGCUUUCGACAUGACAAGCAGUAUGUGUGUUGAAAAAAGGUCAAAUUAUUCUCUUGACUGCAACUGCUGGGACCACCAGAGCAACAAAAGUAGUGAUGGAGCCCUGAGUGAAGUUUCAGUGGCCUGCCUGCAGGAUCGAAUUCUCCAAAUGGAAGAAACUCACUACAGUACUAACGAAGAAUUACAAGCUACGCUUCAGGAAUUGGCGGACCUACAAGAUGCCGUCAAUGAUCUGACAGUUGAAAAUGAAAGACUAGCAAACGAACGUAAUGUCCUCCUGGAAUCUCUAUGUACGCAGACUGAAAAACUGGAAAAUGCACGACUCCAUGUUGAUUUUGUUAAGGCCCUUCUGCUACGAGAUAGCGAGCUGUUGGGUGGCGAACGUUCGGAAAAUGAGCGUCAACUGAUGGCGUUAGUUAAGUCGGCGCAGGAAGAAAGAGAGGAGCUGCUGCUGAGGCAGGUCGAGAUGAGCAACAAUCUGCAGAUGCUACAGAGGGAGAACCACGAGAUCCAGGAGGCCAACGAUGUCGUGCAGAUGAGGCUCACCUCGAGCCAAAAGGAGGUCGAAGAUGUCAAGGUUGAGAAAGUUAAUUUGGAGCUGCAAAACUCCUCCCUCGAAGAACAACUGGACCACGGUAAGUUGGAACUCGAGAAACUUCGAAUCGUCCUUGAGAGCGAGCAGAAAAAGGUCACGGAGAUGGAGCACGAACGUCGUCUGCUGCAGGAAAAAUCAGAAAUGACAACUGUCGUCCAGUUGCUAAGAGAUGAAAAAGAAAAACUAGAAACAAAACUAGUCAGCCUGGAGCAAGAACUCUCUGAGAGACGAUUCGAAGGUGCAAAACUGCAGGAAACGUGCGAUCUUCUACAAGAGGAAUUGAAACUUAACACUUCAAAAGCCAAUGCGAAACUAGUAGAGAAAAACUCUGAACUGGAGAGCCAGCUACAGAGAGCCAGAAACCACUGUUCUGAGAUGGAGGAGGAGAUAUCUCUACUGCAGCAUGACGUUGAGACAUUGAAGGUGGAGUGCGACCAGCAUAUCGACGAUAAGAAGACCCACACUCUGACUCUGGCCAGGGCUGAAUCGGAGUUGAGGAUCUGGAGGUCGAAAGCCAGUCGGGCCGAGAAAGAUUUUAAGGAGUUGCAAGAGAAGUUUAUUAGGGAGCAAGAUGAAUGGAAUCAAUUUCAGCAAGACUUACAGAGGGCAGUAGUGAUCGCCAAUGAAUUCAAAACGGAGGCACAAGAGGAUGCGGAGAGAGUUGCCAACGACUACCAGCGAAUGCAGGACCAGGUUCGACUGCUGGGCAAGGAGUUGGAGCUCUCUAAGACUGAGACUGAUCACCUAAAAAAGCAAUUGCUUUCAGCGAACCAGCAGCUACAGCAGCAGCAACAACAACUUCAGCAGCAGCAGCAACAACAACAACAGCAGCAACCACAGCAAACAGUUUCGACUACGAACGUUGCACCUCAAAGAUCGUCAUCCUGUUCAUCUUGCGGUCUGGCUCUGGACCCCACGACCACCCCGAUGAGUCGAGAGGAGAUCAGGGAUAAAGUUCUCAGCUCCAUGGAUCGGGAGCUUGCAAACAGGAGGCAGAUUUCUCGCAAGAGCGAUUUCCGUCAACAACAUCAGCAACUCUCAGUCCGACACCUCAUCUCGUCCAUUGAGGAGCAGGUAAAGAAUAAAGACAACGUGACUACGAUAGCAACAACAACGAAUAAUAACCAAGGACAGAUUUCUCCGGCUUGCAUAAUGUCUCCAAUGCCUAAUUUGGCGUGUGGGGCCAGCGGAAGUGGGGCCUCUGCCAUGAGGAAAGAUAGUCUGACUUCACCCACGUUUUUAUCGGGAAGUGGAGGCGGAAAUGGAUCCGGGGUUAAGAUUGGCGGGCUGUCUUCUAGGCUUGGAUCUGUUAAUGCUUCUCAAAAUUACCUGAGAAGAUCAAGUACAGAGACGAAGGAUGCAACAUCACCGACGCAUCACCACCACCACCACCACCACCAUCAUCUGCAAUCCCUCACCUUGGACAUACUCCAGGCACCUACAGCCACGGAUGAUACCAAGCAAGCAGUAGUGGAGUGCACAAAAGACAUCGAGGCAUCUACCUCUACCUCGUCGUCAUCGUCCUCUGCUCUGGUGGCUUCUAGAAAGCCAUUGGUGGGAAUAUUAAGUAAUAAGGUGGUCGGGCAGAAGAGAAAGUCUUCUGUUAAUAGUGACAACAUAGAGACAUCACCUGAAAAGACAAGCCAUACCCCCUCCGGACACCACCUCUCAAAAGUAGACCCCCUGUCAAACCUGGCCAAACAGUUAGGGGGCUCCAAGAGAAAUGCCCUUCUCAAGUGGUGCCAGAACAGGACUGCGACUUAUAGGGACAUAGAUAUCACAAACUUCAGUAGCAGUUGGAAUGAUGGCAUGGCUUUUUGUGCUCUCCUGCAUACCUACAUGCCUGAUAAGAUACCUUACAAAGAAUUAAAUACCUCUGAUAAGGUGAGAAAUUUCACGUUGGCAUUCAAGGGGGCAGAGAGUGUUGGCAUAACUCCGGCAUUGAACAUAAUGGAGAUGGCGACGAGAGAAAGACCUGAUUGGCAGGCUGUCAUGUCAUACGUCACAAAUAUCUACAAACAUUUUGAAUCAACCAAUUAGAAAAGUGGGAAGGGUUUUUUUGUCAGGCUUUGAGUCGACCUAUCAGAUGGUGAAAUGAUUUGAAUUGGCCAAUGGGAAGAACAGGGAGGAUUUGAUUGGUCAGUUGAGAAGGUUUGAAUAGGCCAAUCAGAAAUUGAGAAUUUUAUUAUUGGCCAAUUAAAAGAAGAGAAAUUGAUGAUUAGCUGCUGGUUGUAUAUCAGAUGAAGAAUGAUUUUGAGAUUUUUUCUUUUAAUUUCUUUCUGUUUUAAAUUCUUAUCCAUUUUUGCGUUUCAAUUAAUUUUUCUACUAUUUUCUGAUUAAAACAAUUCCAGGAACUAUAUAUUGUGUGUCAUGUAUACAUACAUAUUUAUGACGUGUGCGUGCAUGCGUGCGCGUGUACUAAUUUAACUACAUUUCACUAGUAAAUCAAAAAAAGUUAGAAUUAAAUUCUUAAGAUUCUUAUCAGGAUAUUUUAUUUAUAUCUGAGAAAGUGGGAAAGAGAGUUUGAAAGGAAUGUUCAGUACUUUCUGUUUUAAAGUGAAAAGCGAAUUUUUUAAAUUAUACUUUUAUUUGUGUGUUUGUGUCUGUGUGUGUGUUUAUAUAUUUAUAUUUGUAUUACUAUAUUUGUAUUACUCUGAUAUAGUCACAUUGAUUAAACUAUUAUUACCAACAUUUAAGAGUCAUUUUUAUUUAUGAUUUUGAUUUAUUAAGCUUCCAAAUCAGUUAGUGAAUUUAUCUUUCGAAAAAAAACUGCCAUAUGUAUAUUUAAUAAUUAUACACACACAAACACACAUACACACACAUGUGUUUGUGUGUGUGCGUGCGUGCGUGCGUGCAAUUUUUGUUCUUAAUUUAUUUAUGUGAGUCAUGUUAUUUAAUUUCAUGCAUUAUUUCUAUUUCCAAGGACAAGAGCUCAGUAUAUAUUAAUAAUAAUAAAAAUAAUAAAUCGCUGGAAUGUUUAAAGCGGCUGUUUACAUUAUAUUACAUAACAUUCAUUUAUCUAUGAACAUACUCACGUACACAAUCAUACACACAUACAUACAUACACACAUACAUAGAUACAUACAUUCAUACAAAAACACAUACAUACACGUACGUACGUACGUACAUACAUAUACACACACACGUACGUACAUUUAUACAUUCAAACUUUUUUUAGGCAGUUGAGUCACACUGCUUUAAUAGUUUUAACAGACAUCUUUUCAUCCUCAUAUGUAUUUUUCCCUUAAAUAUUUUUAAACUUUACAAUAAUGAGAUUAUUAUUAAUUAAUUAAUUAAUUAAUUUUAUUAUUAUUAUUGUUAACAUUUGGUUCUAUUUAUUUGUUUAAUUU